AUGUCAGACUCUCUCCACGAGUAUUAUUCGAUCUCUCCUGAGGCACUAUCGAAACUGUUUGAAUCAGAUGGAAUCCGCAAUGGAAAAAGUCUCGCAAUGUUGCAAGAAUGAGACGGAAUCACUGGUCUUUGUAAGCUUAUAGAAUCAGAUGUCAAUCAUGGGAUCUGUGAGGACGCAAAAGAGCUUUCUAACACUCCCACCUUUUAAAUAAAACUAAAAUAUAUUAAUAAGUCAUGAUAUUUUUGAUUUGAAAUAUUUCAUUUAUAAGGAAAAACUCCAAUUAAUUAUACAUUUUAGACUUAAAUUGUAGUUAUUUUGAUAUAGUUGAGUAAGCGCGCGCAUCAUUUUGGGGAUAACCGUCCUCACAUCUAUCAUUCUCAGUCCUUUUUCCACUUCUUAAUUGAGCCACUCCAAGACACGGUUCUCAGGAUCCUCAUUGGCGCCGCCUUCAUUUCGUUAAUUGUAGGCGCCAUUGAGGAGCCAGACCAAGGCUGGAUCGAAGGGAUCGCAAUUCUCGUCACUGUAUGCAUCGUCUGUUUCGUCACUGCUAUAAACGACUAUAAAAAAGAAGCUCAAUUCAUCAAGCUAAACCUCCAAACCGACAUCUGUAACUUAAUCGUCAUUAGGGACGGUAUUGAAAAAGAAAUCCACCAAAAAGACCUAAUGACUGGAGACCUGCUAUGCGUGGCAACUGGGGAUAUUUUAGCUGGCGACGGAAUUUACCUUACUCCACUGAAAUAAAGCAUUAUCUGAGGUUUUAUCACAAAAGUUUCAAACAGGAAAUUUUAUAUGAGUAGAUCGGAUAGCUCAUAAUUGGGGAAAAUGCCUAAAAUUUUAAUUUUUUACCGUUUUUCACAUUUAUCUCUCAAUAAUAACAAAUUCCGACUACUAAUUUGUAAUAUUUAACUAAAGCCCAAUAUAAUAAAAUCAAAAAAGUAUAAUAAAACUUUUACUAUAAUUCAAGGAGUUAGAGGAAGUGGGCUGAGCAUUGACGAAAGCUCUAUAACAGGAGAAAGCAAACUCGUUAAAAAAUUAGCACUUAUUCAUGGGCAUGAAAAAUCAAAUGACCCUUUUCUCGUUUCUGGGUCAAAAAUCAUUGAAGGAAGCGGAGUUGUCUUAAUUUUGGCUAUCGGGCCACAUUCAGUUACAGGGAAAAACAGAAGGAUGAUGAGCACCCUUGUAGACGAGCCAGACACCCCUUUACAAGAAAGACUAACUUUACUAGCAGAAUUUUUGGGGAAAAUCGGGCUAUAUGGUGCUUUAUUGCUAACAGUAGCUUUACUUCUACACUUAUUCAUAGCCGCAGGAAUUGAUAAAGAAUGGGGAUCUGACCAAUGGAAACUGCUUAUUGACGCAUUUAUUUUAGGAAUCACCAUUCUCGUUGUCGCAAUCCCAGAAGGUCUCCCACUUGCUUUGACUUUGUCUAUGGCUUACUCAAUCCUGAGGAUGAAAAAAGAACAAAUCUUCGUCAGACACCUCAAAGGCUGCGAAGUCAUGGGAGCUGCCACCAACAUCCUCUCAGACAAAACAGGGACUUUAACCCAAAACAAGAUGACUGUAACCAAAGCCUUUUUACUUGGAGAGUCCUAUGAUAACUCAGAAUGCUCCACAUUAUCUCUUGAAGAAAAGAAAAUCAUUGCAGAAGCCAUCGCAAGAAACACUACUGCAUUUAUCAAUGUAAAAGACGGCAAAAAAGAAAUGGUCGGAAACAGAACAGAAGGUGCAUUACUUAUGAUGUGCCAGGACUGGAAACAAGAUUAUCAUUUCUAUAGGAAUACAGAGCUGUCUAAAGCACAGUUUGCCUUUAACCCAAGGACUAAAAGAAUGACCACUGUAUAUGAACCAACUGAUGGAGAAGUUUUGGUAUAUACAAAAGGGGCAGGAGAGGUCAUUCUUGAUAUAUGUGAAGAUGAACUAUUAAAUGGAGGAGAAAGACGAAAAUUGACUGAUGAGAGGAAAUGGCAAAUAAUUGAUGUGAUAAAUGAAUAUGCAGGGCAAAGCUUGAGAGUUAUAAGUUUAGCUUAUAGAAAAACAACGUGGAAAGGACUGGAAAUUGAUGAUAAAGAUGCAGGAAUUAAUCAAGCCCAAGCUGAAAAAGGGCUAACUUUUCUAGGACUUGUAGGCAUUGAAGACCCGCUAAGGCCAGAAUCCAGGAACUCAGUGAAAAAAUGCUUAGUGGCCGGAGUCACUGUUAGGAUGGUUACUGGAGAUUCUGCAGAAACAGCUAAACGUAUCGCUAAAAGCUGUGCAAUCCUACCGCAUGGAGUCCUAGACGACGAGCUCGACAAUUACGUUAUGGAAGGCUCAAAAUUCAGAGAAAAAGUAGGCGGACUAGUCACUGUGACCAACACCGAAGGCAAAGUUGAGUCUUUCAAAGUCGGAAACAUGGAAGCCUUUAAAGAAGUUGCUCCACGGCUUAGAGUUAUAGCAAGAUGCUCUCCUGAGGACAAACUUCUCUUUGUGAUUGGGCUCAAAGAAAUGGGAGAAGUCGUCGGUGUCACUGGAGAUGGCUCAAAUGACGCCCCUGCCCUAAAACAGUCUGAUAUUGGCUUAGCCAUGAUGUCAGGGACCCCGCUUGCAAAAGAAAGCUCUGAUAUCAUUUUACUUGACGAUAAUUUCGAAAGCGUCGUAAACUCAGUCAAAUGGGGAAGAAAUGUAUACGCCUCUAUAAGAAAAUUCUUGACUUUCCAAAUGACCUGCAAUGCUGUAGCUUUAGCUAUCAGCAUUAUUGGAGCAAUUACAGUAUCUGACUCUCCAUUAAGCGCAGUACAAAUGCUCUGGGUCAAUCUAAUUAUGGACGCUUUGGCUGCUUUAGCCUUAGCCACAGAACCCCCAACUGACGAACUUUUCUAUACAAAACCCUUUGGACGGACUGAAAAAAUGAUCACUAAGGACAUGUGGAUUUCAAUGGCGACCCAAAUGGUCUACCAAUGCACUAUUUUGUUUAUAUUUUUAUAUGAUGGGCCGAAUAUGCUUGACAUUGAAGAAGGAUAUGGCCAUGAAGAGUGGAGCCAAGAAAACGGGACCCAUUUUACCUUGAUUUUCCAUACCUUUGUUAUGUGCCAGGUUUUCAAUGAAAUUAACUGCAGAAAGCUCUCACUGACUGAAAUUAAUGUAUUUACUCCCCUCUUUGUGAGCGAACAAAACCAUUAGAAAAAUCCCUAUUUUUGUCCCAAAAAACCCAAAAUUUUUUAAUAUAAAAAUUGUUUAUGAAAAAAAAUUUGAUAUAUAAAUGAUAAUUAUUAUACCGAAAUCUCUAGCUAAUUCUGAUUAAUUUUUAACACCUUGCGUUUUUAAAAUAUAAAUUUCGCAAAUUAAAUUAAUUUUUGCUUCUCAAUUUUUACAAAUGGGAAUUUUAUAAAUUUUGAAAAAAAAAAAAUCUAUAAAAUUUAUAUAAAAAUUUUUAAAAAAAAAAAAAUAUCCCCUCCUCUGUAAGCUAGCAAAAAUUUUUUGUUCGCUCACGGAGGGUUUUUUAAUAACCCACUGUUCCUUGGAAUCAUGGCGGUAACUACUAUUGUCCAAUUACUACUUGUGCAGUAUGGAGGAAACCCAGUCAAAGUGUCUGGGCUUAGCUUUGAACAUCAUCUGAUUUGUACAGCUUUUGCAUCAGGCUGCUUAGUUGUGUCUCUGAUUACGAGAUUGACUUAUAAAGCCAUGCAGAAAAAGGAGCGAGUUCUUGACGAAGGAAUGUCGCCUUUGAUCUUGAAUCCUUAUUAA